UUAGAAGAAAUCCCAGUUCCUUGGAUGCAGCAAGUUCCAUGGUAAUUGUAGUGAGAAAUGAAUUAAAUUCUGCAUGUGCAAUGGCAAGUGAGGGAUUUUCAGGGAGGUGAAGAGUUUUAUGCAGGAUUGGGCUUAUUGUAUGCCCUCUCUAUUUCAUCCAAUGCCUUUUCAAAUAUAGGCUUUUUUAUUUAUACAUAGUUUUGGUAUGGCAUCCUCUUUUAUUUUUAAAAUUCUAGGUUCAUUUAUCCAGGUGGAUAGAACAGAAUAACUUUAUGUUACCUGGGGGGAACUUUGUCUACAUUUCUGUUUGUUGGCUAAUGAUUGCUAAAUUCCAAUAAGCUGUGUUUUUCCAAAAACAUUUAGUUCAAAGUCUGAUGCCCGAUCAAAUCGGAUAUCGUAUAUAAAUUCAGCCAUAAGGACAGAGACAGUGUCCAUAACCAGGGUGAGUUAUGAAGAUGAGGGCCCUUCUACACUUGUGUGUUGCACUGGCUGUGCUUUUGUCUAUCGUGCAAUGCGACCAUCAUGGUCAUGACCACAAUCAUGAGCACUCACAUUCCCAUGGGAAAGGGCAUGAUCACCAUACCAACGGAAGCCUGAAGAUAUACCAGGAGAACCUCGACUUUGCUUUCCAUCUGUACAAGCACAUCUCCGCCCAGCCCGAUUCUCAGUCCAAGAACGUCUUCUUCUCCCCACUGAGCGUGUCCGUGGCCCUGGCCGCUCUGUCCUUGGGGGCCAGAGGGAAGACGCACCAGCAGCUCUUUGAAGGUCUGGGCUUCAACAGCACAGACAUCACUGAAGAGGAAGUGAACCGAGCCUUCCAACACAUCCAUCACAACCUCAAUGAGAAAUCAGAUGUAGACCUCUCGCUAGGGAAUGCACUCUUCAUUGGACAAGACUUCAAGCUACGUCCUGAGUUCCUGGAGAGCAUGAAACUCUAUUAUCUGUCAGAGGGUUUCAGCACCGACUUCAGCAAUACGGAACAGGCCAAGGAGCAGAUCAAUAAGUAUGUGGACGAAAAGACCAAGGGUAAAAUUACACAGCUGGUUGAGGAUGUGAAUCCCUCAACAGUAAUGUAUCUCAUCAACUACAUAUACUUCAAAGGUAAAUGGGAGAUUCCUUUCGAUCCCAAGGAAACCAAGGAAGACCAAUUUCAUGUUGAUGACAAUACAACCGUUCCUGUUCAGAUGAUGUACAAAGAGGACGAUUUCCAUGUUUUCCAUGAUGAAGAGAUCUCCACUCAUGUUCUCCAGCUGCAUUAUAAUGAGUCUGUCUCAAUGAUGCUGGUCCUUCCGGAGAAAGGAUUGCAGGGUCUGGAGGAAGUGGUCUGCAAAAACCAUUUGAGGAAAUGGAUCAGAUCUGUGGAGAAGAGCAAAUACAAGGUGUUCGUUCCAAAACUUUCCCUGAAAACCUCGUAUCAGUUGAAAGACAUCCUGUCGGAAAUGGGAAUCACUGACAUUUUUGAGGGGACCGCAGACCUCAGUGGAAUAUCAGAAGAAGGGAAUUUGGUUGUAUCUAAGGUUAUUCACAAGGCUACCCUGGACAUGGAUGAGGCUGGAGCAACAGCGGCCGCGGCGACGGGAAUAGAAUUUGUGCGGACAUUCUUGCCGUCCACCACCCCUGUCUUGAAGUUCGACAAACCUUUCAUGGUUUUCUUGCGCAACCGCGAAACCCGAAGUGUACUGUUCAUGGGAAAAAUUGUGAACCCAGCAGAAAAAUAAAAUGAUUGUAUUGUGAACCGUUCAAA